CUUGCGUCCUCCAGUCCAGCGCGCGUCGCUGUUGAGCCGCGGAUGCUCGUGAGCACCGGAAGUGACGUUUCUCCGCGAUCCUUGUGUUGUGGUUAUCAGCGUUUCUGUUUUAACGUAUUCAUUUAUUGACAUGAUUUCGUUGAUGAUUUGAAAUUAUUUCUCCGAAUGUAAUAGCGCAGCUCUUUAAUGCGCACCUUUACAUCCGCGGAGGAGAAGAACGGAACUUCCCUCAUCAGCUGCGGCGUGUAAUCACAGAGAGAGCUCGAGAUACAGUAGAACUCAAAUAGAGUGAUAUUAUAGAGUUAAGGUCAAUUAUUAGUGUCGAAAUGAGUUUAGCGAACAGCAGAGAGCAGCGCAGCACCGCGGGAAACCGCAUGUCCAAACUACUGGACGCCGAAGAAGAAGAUGAGUUUUACAAGACGACUUAUGGAGGAUUCAAUGACGAGUCGGGCGAUGACGAGUACAGAGGCGAUCACUCGGACACUGAAGACGAAGUGGACAGUGAUUUUGACAUCGAUGAAGGAGACGAGCCCGACAGCGAUCAGGAGGACGACGCUCCGCGCAGAAAGAGCCGCGUCGUCACUAAAGCUUACAAGGAGCCGCUGAAGGUCUCGAAGCCCAAAGUGAAGCGAGUUUCUGAAGAAAUAAAGACUGAACGGCCCAAAGUUGAAAGGCGCACCAUUCAAGAGCUGCAGGAGUUUGGAGAAAUGCGUAAGUCGGUGCGUAAGUCGACGAGCGAGCACACGCGGCAGACGAACGAGCGUCUGCAGGAGCGUCAGCUGGAGGCACCGCGCAAGAGGAGAGGAGCUCUGAGCGAACGAGUGCUGACUCAAGACGAGCUGCUCGCUGAAGCCAAACUCACCGCCGAGAUCAACCUCAGAUCACUGGAAAACUACGAGCGUUUAGAGGCCAAUAAGAAGAAGCAGGUUCAUAAGAAGAGACGCUUUGAAGGGCCGAGCAUUCGCUAUCAUUCAGUGCUGAUGCCGCUGGUCCCAGACGCUCACAUGAAGGAGGAGAACGUGGAUGUGGAAGGGUACUUUUAUACACUGGACCAGGACACGCCCCAGGCCACGCCCACUUCCUCAUCCUCUGUGCAGGGGGCGGGGUCUCUGUGCUCUCGCACUUACAUCACCUUCAGUGACGAUGAGGCGUUUAACUCCGCCUUCCCGGCUUCGGCUCGCUCCAGCCCCGCCCAGCCCGUUCAGGAGGUGUGUCCUGUUACCCAUAAACCCGCGCUGUAUCGCGACCCGGUGACGGACAUCCCCUACGCCAACGCCCGAGCCUUCCGCAUCAUCCGCGAGGCUUACCAGAAAUACAUCACAGCGCACGGUUUUCCCAACGCUUCCGGAAACUUCAGCGGAAACAGUGACGUCAGCGAUUCACCAGCAGCAGCCGCAAAGGGCGCGCGACCGAAAGCCGUCGUCAAACAGACCGUAGUCGCCACCUAGACGCAUGCUAAUGACUGCUUUUGAGUGUUUCAAUCCACUUCACUCAGGUCUGACUGUGUUUGAGGACAUUUUUGUUGUUGUUGUUGAUGAUAAAUUCAGCUAAAGUUGUGAUCCAAAACUGUCAGAAUAAGCACUUUACAAUAAGGUUUAAUUUGUCCGCAUUAGUUAACAUGAAGUAACAAUGAAGAAUACUUGUACUGCAUUUCUUAGUUUGUUCAUUUCAGUAUUUACUAAUACAGGGCAUUCACUUAUGCAUAGAUUAAUAAAUGCUAGACAUAUAUAUUAGUGCUGUCAAACGAUUAAUCGCGAUUAAUCGCUUCCAAAAUAAAAGGUUUUGUUUACAUAA